ACAUUAGAAGCGGUUACAAACUGUUUAACCUUUGCAGAAACGAAACAAUUAUUAAAUUUUCAACCGAAUGAUCCAUCUAUAGAAAAUAAUAAUGCUUCGUUGCUUGGACUGACUGUGGAAGAAUUAAAUAAAGCUGUUGAAAAUGAUUUAAGGGAAUUAAAUAAACAUAGAGAAACAGUUUUAAGUUGUAUUGAAAACAGAUUGACAAGACAGUGCAUAGAUAUAGCUAAAUUUUAUUAUACUGAAGAAGAAUCAAAAUCUGAAACACAAAAACAACUAUUUACUAAGGCAUCUAAAUUGGAUAAGACAUUAACUUCCCAACUUGAUGAAUUGCGGCUUGCAAAAUUCAAUAGAGUUAUGAAUCAAAUUCAAUUGGGAGAUCGAAUAACAAACUAUAUGAAUGUAAUGAAAGAUAUUUUAUCUACUCUUUGGAAUAUUAUCGAGGAAUUUAAGCUACACCAUGAAUUACAAAAAAAUACUAUUUUUAAUGACUAUUUUUCAAUGCUUGUUAAAAAUAUCGGUUUAAAAUUGAGAGUACUUCGAUUAGAUGCCUUGAUGGUUAUUUAUGAUAAAGAAACUUUAGAAGAACUCAUGUCAAUAAGGGAUAAUCUUAUGCGUGAGGAAAAAGAUUAUCACCAGGAGUUAGAUGCAUUAGAAGCACAACUUUCCCGAUAUCAGGGUGUUUGUGGGGAGUUUGAACAAAUUGUGCAAUGUUAUAGUAACUUGAAUAAAGAAAUUGAGAAGGCGAAGGAUGAUAUUCAGAGAAUGACUAUGUAA